AAGAGCCGUCCGCACGCCCGUACCGCAGGUAAACGGAGUGACGGAAGACUUCUGUCCAACAAUAUCACUGUCAAAAACAACUAGAAAUGACAUUCACAAGGGCAACCAUAGUAUAACACAAAGGGACAUUCUUGCCACCAUGCCCUAUCUAGGAGUAUGCUGUGCCAACCUCAAGGACAACAAAGCCCUGAUGAAAAUGGGCUUGGGGCUUGUUCUUGUGGGUCACGUAAACUUCCUUCUUGGUGCAUUGGUCCAUGGUGCAGUGUUGAGGCACAUCAAUGUCCACGAACAGGCACGAACGAUGGUGUACGCUAUCGCCAAUGUGAUUGCAAUAGUGGCUGGAUUGUUUGGAAUCAUUGAUGGAAUAAUAACCAUUGUAUUGUCCAAAAACAAGAAAAACAAGAUCCUGAGGUGGGUCCUCUUAUUCUUCAGCUUUUUAGUUGGACUUUUGGCCAUCGCCUCUGCUAUUGGUUUGAGUAUCUCCACAGUACAGGCAAUUAUUCAUAAAGGGAAAAGCCUACUAACCCAUUGCAAUUUUUCUGAUGAGAUUGACUCCGCACGCAUCACAUUUGAGUGCCCCUUUGACCCCACCCGCAUAUAUGCAACCACACUCAUUCUAUGGGUACCUCUGAUAGUCAUGUCAGUGGUGGAAACAGUUUUUGCCUUCCGCUGCUUUGCUGUUUGCACAUCGUCCCUAUACCUUUGUGCAUGCAGGAAAAAACCACUGCAAGCUAGACGGGUUCGAAUCCAACACAAAGCAGAAAGUGUUCCAGCUCCUCCAGAGACUGAAGAGGAGCCUGCAGAAGAAGAUGAGCUGCUGGAUGGAGAUACUGCAGUGGCUCAGAGUGACUGGCUCUGAGCUAAUGCCGGGCUAAAAUGAAAUGAGGUAGAACUGCCAUAUCCAGGUCUAAAGACACAAACAGCCUGUUACAUGUGAUGCCUGCACUUGAGUACUCAUCUUUGUGAUUUUACUGUUACGCUGUGAUAUUUUACAUGCAUUGUGUUGAGUGUAUGAUUUCACUUUUUAUGUAUUAUAAGAUGUUGAUAACAGCCCUCUUGAGACCCUCAUUCCAAUGGCCCAAAUUAUUUUUUUAAUAAUGGUUUUAAUUGGUGUUGAAACACUUAUCAGAUCUAAAACACAUGUAACACAUUUUAUAGGUAAUGAGUAGAAAUAUACAAUUUACACAC